AGCAUCUAUCUGCGAGUCCAUAAGAUUCCCUGCGAGAGCUGGCACCUUGCGGGAUCCCAGGACGCCGCGGCCGCGACGCCCCCUUUGCGGAAAAUUCCCCCCUCCCCUCUGAAAAUUCGCUGAUGGUUGCAUAAUCUCGUUGCUUCGUAUGGUAGGUAGGCUUGUAUGGUAAUGUGCGAUAAUUCGAUGAGAAAUGUGCGUGUGUUUGGGGUAUGACAGUGUUGACAGUUGACGCGUCUGGAUUUGCCGCUUACCGGGGGAUAGGGGCCAUCUAUCAACAGCUUCACUUUGGUGGGAUACUACGAGCAGACACCAUCUCGCUCUACGGUACAGCAUUACAGCUUCUAAUUUACUUCUUUUCUUUCUUCAUACGAUACUCCUACGAUACACUCUCUACUUUACUUCUUUUCUUUUCUACUCUACCAUACGCUCUACUUUACUCCUUUUCUUUACUUUCUGUGUCAUACUCCCACCAUACGCUCUACUCUACUCUACUUCUUUUCUUUCUUCAUACGAUACUCCUACGGUACGACAUGGCUACCCGACAGUCAAUCGCGCAGAAGUUCCUGGAUGCCGAGGAGACCAAGCUUCUCGACCUGGUGAAGGCAAUCCUGGAUCAGGACGGAUACUUAGACGACGAAUACAUGGCGUCUCAGUACGCCUACUCAAAGCAGGCUAUCAUGCUUGCGGCAUAUCACAUCCUCCUCGCCACCCCGUCAGUAGUCCUUCGGGCUAUCAUUCGGGGGGAUCUCCCAGCCAUGUCCGGGAACGUAGAGGUCCAGUACCUCCAGGACCCAAAGUACACAGAGGUGCCGCCGAGAUACGAGUUUAUCUAUCCUACGAUUUAUACCAUCUACCUCGUCGAUCGAGAGACCCAUGAUCCCCCGACCGUCGAGUACCUGCUCCUCAUCAUCCAUAGCAUCCGACAGGUGGCUGGCCCUAGUGCCAUCCAGCGACCCGCUAUGGAGACGGCGCUCAAGUUAUGCACGGAGCUGGAGAUCCGCAUGGCGGGCCAGCAAUUGCGGGAUCCCAUUGUAGGGGGGAUCGUGGACGUUGGAUUUUCUGGGGAUAGCGCCGCCCGGAUCGACCAGCACCUCGCGGAUGAGAGCAGCAAUAAGAUCAUGCAGAUAUUUGCUGACGCCGCCAUCUGA